AUGGAUAUGGCAAUCCUAGACUCAGGUGGAGGAGAAGGCUUUGAUGUAGAUGGUAUAACAGGCGGAGUCUUUGGUGUAGUAGGAAGAGCAGAGGGUGUAACCUCUAGUAUAGGCUCUAUAAAGGGCACUGUAGGGGUAGGUGCUCUCAUGUCAACUGGUAUCUCAACUGGUUGUGGCUCCUCUGGUUGCUCUGGAUAUGGAAUCUCUGGAUGCUUUGGUCCAGUUGGGGCUUCUGGCUCUGCACCAUAUGCUAUCAUACUCGUCCAUUUGUCGAGAGUGAAUAUCUCUCAGCAAAUGCAGACCGACGCCGCUAGCACCUCCGAUUCUCCCCUCCGUUCAUCGCCGCCGUCCCAGCCUCGUCAGUUCGCAUGGCACGAACAGGGGCGCGAAGUCUUCUUCCCCUUCCACCCGAAAAGAACGCCGCGCGAGGUACCAGUGCAAGCUUCAGCUUCUGAGCCGCCGCGGCCAGAAACCAUUCCGCCGCCGGCAAAACCUUCGCCAAAGAAGCGCCAGGCCAAGCUGGCAUUGCAAACGCCUCCGGUGAGGCGUUACCUUACCAGGUCAGGGGGUCGGCCCCUCCAAAAGCGAGCUAGGGUGGAAAGCUCGGAGCCUAUCGAUUUAACAGGGCAAUCCCCUGUUUCGUCCCCUGUUGCGUCCCCUGCCCCAUCUCCAAUUCCAUCCCCGGUGCCAUCUCCGGCACCGCCUGCGAAGCUUCCAGCAAUCCAACCGCCGCCUGCUGAGCCCCAAAUCUAUCCGAACCAGCUUCGGAAGCGAUAA